AGCACCUACCUCCCUACCUCCCUACCUACCUGCAUACUAGGUACUAGGUACGUAUAAAUAUUACCUAUAUCAUAUUGACCGACGCCAUUCACCUCACCUUGGAAUCACCUUGGAAAGCGAAAAAAAAAAAAAAAAAGAUUAGGUGAUUCAUCUUUUUCCCCCCUUUCAGUCUUCCUACAGUAGAUUGCGAAGAGUGGGGGAACCCACAACACCAUAACGAUGGCGACGGUGACAACAACGCAGCCGCCGCCGCCGCCGACGACGACGACACCAAGGUCAAGAUUAAGGGAAUACUUCCAUACCGAGUAUCAACCCGGUGAGCGGAAGUUGGUGCGAAAGAUCGAUUUCUUCAUCUUGACCUUCUGCUGUCUUAGUUACUUUACCAAUUACUUGGACCGUUCCAACCUCAACAAUGCGUACGUAUCCGGGAUGAAAGAGGACCUCGGCUUCGUGGGGGACCAGCUGAACCAGAUCAACACGUGCUUCACCAUCGGCUACGUGAUUGGCCAGAUCCCGGCGAACUUGUCGCUGCACUACAUCAAGCCGCGAUACUUCUUCCCCGCUUGCAUGAUCGUCUGGGCCGGCCUGACCAUGGUAACCGCCUCCGUCCAUAAUCCCCAGAGCAUCAUGGCCAUCCGCUUCUUCCAGGGUAUCGCCGAGGCCACCACCUUUGUCGGCACCCACUAUAUCCUCGGCUCUUGGUACACCGAGCGCGAGCUCGGCAAGCGAUCCGGUAUAUUUACCGCGUCCGGCCUGGCUGGAACCAUGAUCGGAGGUUUCAUCCAGACUGGCAUUAACUCCAGUCUCAAUGGUGUCCAUGGCCUUCGUGGUUGGCGGUGGUUGUUCAUCAUGGAUGGCAUUAUCACACUACCCAUCGCGCUUUACGGCUUCUGCUUCUUCCCAGAUACACCUUCGACAACCAAGGCAUUCUAUCUGAGCGAGGCCGAGAGGGCCUUAGCCGUAUCCCGGGUGCCGCCCGUAGAGGACAAAUCGCCCGUCUCCUGGAGCUUCUUCAAGAAAUCCUUCACAUCUUGGUUCUUUUGGGGGUUUGUGGUGCUCUGGAUUAUCGCCGGCGAGACCGAGUCCUUCAGUAGCAAUGCGCUGCUGGCUUUGUAUAUGAAAAGUCAUCCUACCAUCAAAUACUCCAUCCCUCAGCUGAAUAAUUAUCCUACUGGAGUACCCGCCGUCGGCAUCAUAUCCACGAUUUUUUGGGCGACCCUUACCGAUUUCCUUAACGGCAAGCGAUAUCUUGCCGCAUAUUUCAUUGCUAUUACGGGCAUAGCCACUUCUGCUAUGAUCCUAGCUGCCUCUAAGGACCCCACGAACCCGGCAUCGACAGCUGUGGUGUUCGGCGCUUAUUACUGGGCGGGCGCCGUCUAUGCCUGUCAGGCUACCUUCUUCGCCUGGGCUAAUGAUGCUCUUCGAUACGAGGAACAAAUGUUCAGGGCUGUCGUGCUGGCCGGUAUGAAUUUGGGAAGCAAUGCCAUAAAUGCUUGGUGGAGUAUCGUCUUCUACGGAGCAUCUAUGGCGCCGUGGUUUAUUAGAGGAAUGUGGGCCAUGAUCGCCGUCUCCAUUUUGUUAGCCAUAUGGACUGCGGCAUUGUCGUACACAACUACCAAGCACGAGAAGAAGCGGAGAGAGGAGUUCGCUCAGUUUUCUAGCGAGCACAAGACCGUUGCCGAAUAUGCAUAAUACGUAGAAUGGGGGCGGACGCCAACAUAAAACCUCAAGUACGAACCUCACAAUUUUCGGAGUGACGAUGUCUUGACUGGAUCUUGUUUUGUUGCCCUACCGUGGUUAGUGUGUGGUUUGAUAGCGGCUGCGGCGGGAACUAGAAUAGCUUGUGCCAUAAUAUACCUGCACCAUAAGCCUAGGUAUCUAGUUCUCGCUUCAUGAUACGUGUACGGGCGAAUUUUAGACACGUUCCGGUUUCACUUCGAAUCAUUAUGAGCCGCUUAGAGUUCGACUAGGAGAAAUGGCACCACGAAUCCUUAGGAUGAAACGAAUUUAGGCAACGUCCACAAUACUUACCUUCUUAUGAUAAGGUGCAAGUUCCCCAGAAAGGAAAUCCGGUAGAUUGAAGACUACCGAUGAGAUAGGGCGGAUAGGGGAGAGGCAUUUCCAAGGGUGUUUCCAGA